AAUGUCGUACACACUAGACCCUGCGGCAGAGUGGCAGGAUUUGUGUCUUCGGGGGGCGAGGGUCCUUCGCUCACUCUCUCUCUCUUCGCUCUUUGUGGACGCGUCUCUCGCGGCGUCGCCUCAGUUGCCUUCUUGUUUUUCCCCUUUCCUCUCGCUGCGAUCCUCUGUGUGUGUGUGUGCGCGUCUGUAUGUCUUCUUUGGCGCUGCAGCGUUCUUGUUUCUCCUUCAGUGUUGUCUCGACGAAGGUUUCAACGGAUGGGUAGGAAUGCUUCUGAUUGCGCCGACGAUGGGGUUUAUUUCCCUCUGCUAUGCGGGACCGUGGGGUUGCGAGUGAAUCGUAUGGAUGUGUGCACUGGCGGAGGAGAAUGUUCACUUUUCGGGGGACGGGUUGAGGAGGAUUGAAGGAUUUAGCUCUACUUGUGCUAGUGGUGCGCAAGCAAGGCUGGAUGGGAGCGUUUUCCGGGGUGCGGAGAGGGCGAACAAUGUGGAAACGCCGCGUUAAUCGCGAGUGAAAGAAGAGCUCUCGCGGCGUUGAUGGGUUGUUGUUAUUUUCUGGGACUGUUGCGAAUGCUGGAAGACGACAUCGAUCCAACGUCUGAACGUGUGUGCAUUAGACGCACUGGACGUGUCAGUCCGUGUGAUGUUGCGUCGUCGGUGAUUUGUGGGAAUUGUUGUAGCUUGAGAGUAGAUUGAGCGUGGAGUCGGAAACAUGAAGAAGCGAGAGAGGGGGGGAGAUGACAAUGCUCCCCCUCAGGGCAAGCGAGCUGCGGGACCUCGGAUAGGCGAAGAUUCCGAAGUUGCCGGAAACAAAACCAUUUCGGUAGCUAACGGACAUCGGUUGACCACUGACGAUGCGCUUGCGUACUUGAAAGCCGUGAAGGAAAAAUUCCAGGAGGACAAGCCCAAGUACGACGAGUUUUUGGAGGUUAUGAAAGACUUCAAAGCGCAGAAAGUGGACACUGCCGGUGUGAUCAGCCGCGUGAAGCAGUUGUUUAAGGGACACCCGCAAUUGAUUAUGGGCUUCAACGCGUUCCUUCCUAGAGGAUACGAGAUCACGCAGCCGGAGGAGGAGAAGCCUGCGGUGGAGUUUGACCAGGCGAUCAACUACGUAAGCAAGAUUAAGUCUCGGUUUGCAACAAAAGAGAGUGUGUACAAACAGUUUUUGGAGAUUCUGAACUUCUACCGGAAAGGUAAUAAGACCAUCAAUGAGGUGUAUCAAGAGGUGGCUAAGCUGUUUGCUGACCAUCCCGAUCUGCUGGAAGAGUUCACAUACUUUCUGCCUGGAACGAACAGUGCCGCGAUGGGAACGGGUCAACCCAAUGCCAUACCCAUGCAGCAUAAUGCACACCAACGAGACGAGGCAGGGUUUAAAGCAAGUGGGAAACCAUCUAACGAUAGGCUGAUAAUUCCCAAGAAGGAGAAGUCUUUAGCUAUGCCGGGUGAACGAAGUCGAGAUCGAGAGCCUGAAAGACUUGUAGACAAAGAUCGUGUAAAGCUGGACAAGGACGACGAGACGAGCGAAUUUGGGCACAGGAAGGAUACAGUUGUCAAGGAGGAAGGAGGUCGGGACACGCAGAACGAUUUCGCGAAGCAGAAGCCCGCGAAGAGGACGUCUGCCCGUAAUGCGAGCGACGCCAUCAGGAGGCAGUCCCAGGCUGGCGAGGGAGGCGAGGGUUUCUCCGGGUCUGUACCCCAAGCGUCAACGGAUGACAAGAAAGCGGUAAAGGCUGCGAUCGGCGUGCAGUACCCGUUUUUUGACAAGGUUAAGGCCCGACUGCGCAGCCGAGACACAUACCAGGAGUUUCUGAAAUGUCUGAACAUCUUCAGCCAGGAAAUUAUCACCCGCGCGGAGCUGCAGACCCUGGUGGGCGACAUCCUGGGCAAGCAUGCUGAUCUGAUGGAGGGAUUCACCGAGUUCCUGACGCACUGCGAGAAUGUGGAGGGGUAUCUGGCAGGAGUGUUCAACGGGCGCAAGCUGCAGGAUUUCGCGGAUGCGGCACCUGUGAAGGCCGUGAAAACAGAGAGGGACGGCGAGCGAGAGAGGAACCGAGAGAAGGACAAGGAGCGGGAGAGGGAUAGGGAGAGAGAGCGGGACGUGAAGCCAUCGCAGGCUGCGAAGGAGGGGGGCCAUAAAGUGUCUUCGAACAAGGACAAGUACAUCAACAAGCCGAUAUCAGAGCUAGAUUUGUCGAACUGCGAUCGAUGCACUCCGAGCUACCGGCUGCUGCCAAAGUAUUAUCCUCGGCCAGUGUCGAGCCAUCGGACGGCGCUUGGGAACUCAGUGUUGAACGACAGCUGGGUGUCGGUGACGUCCGGGAGCGAGGACUACUCGUUCAAGCACAUGCGGAAGAACCAGUACGAGGAGAGCCUGUUUCGGUGCGAGGACGACCGGUUCGAACUGGACAUGCUACUGGAAGGUACGGCGGUGACGGCGAAGUUGGUGGGAGAAUACACUUCGAAGCAAGAGGAGCAGAGCGGGCAGGCGGAGGCAUUGCCUCCUGUGGACGAGUUUUUGUCUGCGAUCAAUUUGAGGUGCAUCGAGCGGAUAUACGGGGACCACGGGCUGGACAUGUUGGAGGCAGUCCGAAAGAACACGAGCCGAGCGAUGCCUGUGGUACACUCGCGCCUGGUGCAGAAGGAGGAGGAGUGGACUCGAUGCCGGGAGGUUAUGAACAAGGUGUGGUCGGAGGUGUACGCAAAGAACUGCUACAAGGCGCUGGACCACCGCAGCUUCUACUUCAGGUCGCAGGACAAGAAGGCGCUGAGUACGAAGGGGCUGCUGGCAGAGAUCAAGGAGAUGAAUGAGAAGAGGAGAAGAGAGGACGACAUGAUGUUGGCAGUUGCAGCGGGUAAUCGAAGGCCUCUGCUGCCGGAUCUGCGGUACGAGUUCAGCGACAUGUCGAUCCACGACGACAUAUACCAGAUAAUAAAGUACUCGUCGGAAGAGAUCAGUAGCUCGCCGGACCACGCGGAGAGGACGAUGCAAAUGUGGAGGAUGUUCGUGGAGCCGGUUCUAGGCCUAUCGUCGCGUUCGCAGGGGGUGGAGGACAUGGAGGAAGGGGUGAAGGGGAAGUCGGUGGAGGGCAAAGGCGAGGAUGGAACUGGUCGAAAGAGCGGUGGCAGUGAAGGUGAUGAGACAAGCAGCCCGGAGGGCGGGACCGCUGCACUUGAAGGACAGGGCAUCUUGGGCAGAGGUGUGGAGGUGGUGGGCGUGGAGGAAUGUAGGGCUCGGGUGACGGAAUGUACUACGAAUGGAGAACUUCAGCAAGCAGCCGUUUGUGGAGAGAAGAAUUUAGUCGACAAUGCAGGAGGAGAAGUGGAUGUGCGAGGUGGUGACAGCGCGAGAGAAGGUGUGGUGAGAGGUGCAGCUGAGGAUGAUGGAGAAGGCACGGCUGCACGGACGGAAGGGUGCGGCCGGUUACGCGAAGGGAACAGUGGGGCGAGGCAGAGCAGCGGGACAGCAGAUCGGGACGAUGUGAAAAAGCGGUCAAAUGUGAGGCAUGGUGAGAAUACGGGAAGCAGAUCGGUGGUGGGUGGUGGUGGUGGUUUAGCGGCGGAGGGCAAUGGCGCCCAUGGUGUCGCAGACAGAGAGGAAGGUGAGCUAUCGCCUUUGUCGGAGCGGGAGAAGCGAAAGCCGUCGAAGUGCAGUCCGCGGCGGGGGAAGGGCGAGAACGACGCGGUGAAGCUAUGCGGUCAUGAGGAGGUUGCAGAAGGAGUGGGUGGAGCGGAAAUGGAGCAUGAACAAGAUGAAGUUGGCGUGGAAAGUGCCCAGAUGUCGAGCGAGGACAGCGAUAGUCCUUCUGAAGCUAGGGAGGGGAUUUCUGGAUGUGAGCUGUCAGGUGGCGAGCAGUCUAAGCAUGAACAGGGAGAAGGGAAAACAGAGAGCGAAGGGGAGGCGGAGGGCAUGACGGACAUUGAUGAUGCAGAUGGAGAUGGUAACAUGCCAUUUGGAGAUUCAGAUCACCCAUUUGCACAUUGCAUGCCACUGGCUGUUUAUACCAGUUCCGUUGCAGGGUUGGAUGUGUCAUCCCGGGGGAAGAAAGGCGGAGGAAUCUUUUUCGGGAACGACAUGUUUUACAUUUUGCUUAGGCUCUACCAAACUCUGUACGAGCGGCUUCUGUCAGCGAAACUAAAUGCGCAGGCAUUUAAAAGAAAUGGCUGUGAGGGCAGCGAUGGCAGCUCUCAUCCCAAUUUAUACCUUCGGUUUAUUCAACUGCUGUAUGCGUUACUGGACGGAUCCAUAGAUAAUUCAAAGUUUGAAGACGAGUGCAGGGCAAUUAUAGGAAUACAGUCCUACAUGCUAUUCACGCUGGACGAGUUGAUUUUCAAGCUGGUGAAGCAGCUGGAAGCGGCUGCGACAGACGACGUGGUACAAAAGCUACUGACACUCUACGCAUACGAGAAUGGGCGGGAGGCCGUGGACACAGUGUAUUAUGCAGAUGUUUGCGUCUUGCUAAACGACGAGAGCAUAUACCGUUUUGAGCAGAGGUGCAGUCCGAACGAGUUGCUGAUACAGCUGAUGGAGAAUUCGGACGUUCCUGGGCACGCUUUCGAGAGCCCCUUUCAGAGAUACUUGGAUGGGUUUUUGACGUCAGUACCAUCAGGCAAGGGCAGGCAGGUAUUUGUGGCACGAAACUUGAAGCGGAGGUUGGUGGGAGAGGGUGUGGAUUAUGGGGAAGAUGUGAACAUAGUGAACGGGCUGGAGAUAAAGAUGACAUGUCGGACGUCGAAAGUGUCGUACGUGCUAGACACGGAAGACGUGUUUUGGAGGUCAAUGCCAGGAGGCAAGAGACGGAAGGUGAAGGUGGGGCCGAAGAGGGUGGGUCUGUUUCAUAAGUGGAUGCAAGAAAUGGAGAGUUUGAAGGUCGAGUUGAGCAGAUUUCAGUUUAGCUGAGUAUUGGCUCCGUUCUCCAAGUUAGUGAUUUCGGGGAUAACUUGCUGCUGGCUGCACAAGACUUGGCCCUACACUUAUCCAAUUCAUUCCUAUUCAAACCUGGGAUUUACGGAUGCGCUCCCUAAUCUUAUUCCACCUAGCACAACACUGAAUGCAGCCCAUUUUGAGGCGUGGUGCAAUUUUCUAGAUAGGUGAUUGUUUAGUCCCAUUUUGAGAGCCUGUAAGCCUUGAUCUCAUGCAGUCAAGAGGAUUCUUGCAAUUAUUUAGAGUGAAAAUUGAGAUCAGGUGAUUUUAGGGGGGCCCCACAUGAUACAUAGUUCCCAAAUGGUAGUCAAAGUGCAUUGCUAUUUUAGUUCUUCGAUGUUUUUGUCAAAGCCAGAAAGGCUGGACGUUAUUGUAAUUGGGCUUGUUUUUAGAGAGAGAUUGUUGUUUUGAA